AUGGCCGGUCCACUCAUCCUAGCCGGCUUAGCCUUAGCCACCUCAGUCCACGUUGCCGCAAAACCCUGUUCACCAACUUCCUUCUCAUUCCCUCAAGUCGGAGACCUCAUAUAUCACUCCACCACCGCCAACCCCUUCACGGACUUCACCCAAAACUCAGGAUGGAAACCUGAAGCAGCACUCGUGCCCCCGAAAGGCGUGACGGCGUGUAACGUCACCGUCUCAUACACCCGCCCCAACUCGCACUCUGUCGUCACAGUUCACGUCUGGUUGCCUCUCCAGGAUGUUUAUAAUUCCCGCUUCUUGGGCAUUGGUGGCGGCGGGUGGUUGGCGGGUGAGAUUGGUGACGAUGUGAUGGCGGGGUAUACCGCUUUAGGAUACGCUGUUGCUGCUACGAAUGGUGGCUAUGAACAUGAUCCAUACGGUACAGCAGAUUCCUGGCUGUUUAAAGAUGGAAAACCGAAUCUUGAUGCGUUGGAGAACUUCGCGUAUAGGGGGUUGCAUGAGAUGACGCUCAUUGGAAAAUACAUUGCUUCGGAGUAUUACGGCCGGAAACCCAAUUUCUCCUACUGGAGCGGGUGUUCUACCGGCGGGAGGCAGGAUCUCGCGAUGGCGCAGCGAUUUCCGGGGGCCUAUGACGGGAUUCUCGUCGGGUGUCCAGCAGUCAGUUUUCCCGCGUUGCUGAUGGGGAUGUUUUGGCCUCAGGUGGUGAUGAACGAGGUGGGCGUGUAUCCUUCCGCUUGCGAGAUGGAGGCUAUACAGAAGGCUGCGGUCGAGGCCUGUGACGAGAAGGAUGGAGUCAAGGACGGGGUUAUUGCGAGGGAUGAUCUUUGUUCGUUCGAGCCGAGGGUGGUGCUUGGGAGGGAGAUCGAGUGUGAGGGGGUUAAGGGGAGGGUUUCUGAGGGAGCGGUUGUUGUUGCUGAGGCUUUGAUGAGGGGGCCUGUUGAUGAGAAAGGGGGAAGUUUGUUUCCAGGCUCGACGGCGGGGACUGCUGCGACGGGGUUGAUGGCGUUGGCGAAUACUGUUUGUGAGGGAGGGAGGUGUCGUGGGCGGCCGUUUACGAUUGCUACGGAUUGGAUUAGGCUGUUGGUGAAGAAGGAUGCUGGGUAUGAUCCGGCGAGUAUGACGAGACGGGAGGCUGUCCGGCUGUUCAGGGAGACGGUGGAGGAGUUUGGGGAUAUGAUUGGGAGCGAUGAACCUGAUCUCAGAGGAUUCAGGGAGGCUGGGGGGAAGAUGAUUGCGUGGCAUUCUAUCAACGAUGAAGCUAUCACCAUCAAUGCCAUGAGGCGGUAUUAUGGCAAGGUCCUGGAGGUUGAUGGAGGGAGAGAGGAACAAGUUGAGACCGAGGGGUACUUCAGGUUUUUUGAGGUUCCUGGGACUACGCAUUGUGCUGCGCCUAGAGGGGCUGGGUUUCCUUUGAGGGCUUUGGAUGCUUUGAGGCGGUGGGUUGAGGAGGGGGUCGCGCCGGAGCAGUUGGAUGCUGUUGUUAUGGGACUGGCUGAAGGUGAGGUGGCGGAGAGUAAGACUCCUUUCUGUAGGUUUCCCUUGGUUGCGAAGGCGGAUGGUUCUGGUUGGAUUUGUGUAGAGCGUCAGAAGAUUGGGAUGACUGAGGAGGAAAGGGCGAAGGAUGAGUUGUGA